AUGGGGGCUAGGCAACAGAGUUGUUGUGAAAAAUACUUGGGUUUGCCAAUUACAGUUGGUAGAUCAAAGUAUAACUCUUUUAGAGUUAUCAAGGACAAAGUGUGGAAGAAGCUUCAAAAUUGGAAAAAUCAAUUCUUGUCUCCCCCAGGGAAGGAAGUGUUGCUAAAGGCAGUUAUACAAUCCAUCCCAACUUAUUAUAUGAGUGUUUUCAAGCUUUCAAAGAAGUUAUGUAAGGAGAUAGCAGCACAGAUAGCAAAGUUUUGGUGGGGCUAUAAGAAAGAGGAUAGUAAAAUACAAUGGAGAAGCAGUACCAAGAUGGGGGUUUGGAAACAUGGUGGUGGACUGGGAUUCCGAGAGCUUGAGAGUUUCAAUAAGGCUCUUUUGGCCAAGCAAUGCUAG